AUGAAUAAGGUCCCAGUUCGAGUCGAUGGGAGAUUCAGGCUCGGAGAUGUGUUAGGUUCAGGCUCAUAUGCUGUUGUAUAUUUGGCACGGAACAUUAUCACUGAUGAUUCUGUUGCCCUCAAACUCGAAACUGUUGUCAACGAUUCAUCUUCUGUUGAGUGUGAAUACCACAUUUUGAAACAACUUGAAGGUGGACUUGGCAUUCCCCGCACCCUCUGGUUCGGUAGAGAGUCAGUAUAUCAUGCUCUGGUUCUUGAACGCCUUGGGCCAUCGCUCCACCAACUCUUCCUCGCAAACAAUCAAAAAUUUGGCCUUCUCGAUGUCGUGAAUAUAGGAGACCAGUUGCUCUCACGUCUUGAGUAUAUACACUCACACAAUUAUGUUCAUGGCGACAUCAAACCGCAGAAUGUCUUGGUGGGUCUCAGAAAUUUGAGGCACACCACCUUCAUCAUCGAUUUCGGUAUCACGAAGACAUACUGGAACACCACAACCAGUGACCAUGUACCAUUUCGCCAUGGUCGACGUCUAUCUGGCACCCCUGCAUUUGCCUCAAUAAACACUCACUUAGGAGUUGAGCCAGGUCGUCGCGAUGAUCUUGAGUCGCUCACUUAUAUGUUAAUCUAUCUCUUAUGUGGCUCUCUUCCGUGGUUAACCAGCGAUGACGAGAAGUUGCCCACCUCUACCAUACUCAAGCGCAAAGCACAUGCUACCAUUGCGGAUAUUUGUCAUGGAAUCCCUGUUGAGUUCGUGACAUUUCUUAUUUACACACACUCUCUAGCAUUUGCAGAGGACCCUGACUACGAUCACCUACGUUCAUUACUUCGUGGUCUUUGUGCCACAUACUGCAGUCACUUUACCCUUGUAUAA